AUGGACUAUGAUGCGAAUUACGCCAACAAUACGUAUCAAGCAGGAGAUAUGAGCCCAAAUCCAAACAAAGGGCAUGGGUAUUCACCCAGCCCUCCAUAUUCAUCCUACCAUGAGAUGGACCAUCUCAAUAUGCGGCAGCCGCAGGUGCCGCAAACCGGUUCGCCAGCCUCAGAUUUGAAUGCAGAGCCAUACAUCUACCCGCAGCCCCAGCGACCAUCCAGCACGAAUACUGGAAACUUCGAUGAUGCAGUGAAUUCUGCUGUUCAUAACAGUGGGCCCACAGGAUAUCUGACCCCAGAAGUCCUGUCGCAAAUCACCGCAACGGUCAUUCAACAGCUCAAAACAACGGGGCUGGACAACCUACAAGGAUCUAGUGCGCCCCCGCCCCGCUCGCAGUCGCAGCAGCCAUCAUGGCAAACAGAUUCCUACCUGCAGGGGCUAGUGAAUCAGUCUCCGCCUAUUGAGCCCCCGCAGCGAAGCAGUUCAAUACCCCCGCCCAGUUCAUUCUCUGACAAUACCCAUGCCGGAAGUUUCCCGCCAUACGUCCCCUCUGGAUUCGCCAGUGAUGGCCCUCCCGAUCUGAAACCGACUCCGUGUCCCUCUGCAGAUACUGCCAGUGUGGGUAGUAGUUCUUUUUCAAGUCAGAGCAGUGAACACAGCCAAUACAGUUCCCAUAAACCCGAGCGUCCGAGACCUCCGGACCGGGAGGCCACUGUUGUGGAGAUGACCACCUUUGAGCGAUAUUGGGGGAAAUUGUUUGAAGAUGGCAAGGCUACAAAAAGGCUUGGUCAAUUCUUGCGGGGCAUCGCAGUUCAUCUAAUUGAGGAUUAUCCGCCUGGAAACACUAUUGUCAUUCCUCCUUAUAAGAUGCAAAAGUUCUAUCGCGAUACACAUUGCCCAAAUGAUCCUUAUCUAUGGCAAGAUAUCUUCGACGACAAGACAUCCUCACUUUCUCGAUUGUUCCGCGAAAUCAGUGUCGAGCAUCAUCUAAUCCAGAACGAUUUGAAAGCACGCCCAGAUACCCCCGGCCUAACACCCAAAGGCUUCGAGACAUGGGCCACAUUAUUGAUACUCGCCAAUCCAGAGCGGGAAUACCAGCGACUCCAGAAAGCCGUCCGAGAUAUGCCAAUCAACAAUCCGGAUGACAGGAAAGAGCGUUUCCCCAAAGAGAUCCCCCGCCGUCUUUUCCCACAAAUCUCCAAUAUAGAAAUCAGAGAAGACCUGGAGAACCGCAUGAUGGUACACUGCGGCGUCGAUAUGCCCUAUAUCACAGACGAAGAACGCAACCAGGCCAGCCGACCGGGCCGAUCUUCAACCUCAACGGCUUCACCAACAGAACGAACGCAUUCAUACGAGCGAGGCCGCCCCCGGCCCCCUGCGCCAAGCUCACCAUCAACACGAACAAAACCCAGACCCGUCUCCAUGGUCACAGACGACGAAGAAGAGGAACCCAUCCGCUCAGUCCCCAUCGAGCGCGAGCGCAAGCCCUACAGCGCCAAUCCAGGCGGCGGAAAAGUGUACGAUGAAUCUGGUUCGAGUCGCACCCACGCGGCCUCCAUCUCAACAUCCCGGCCUUCAGACUCUGCCUACAAAGACAACGAUCCUCCAAUCCAUCGCAUGUCCGAGUCCUAUGACCGCGGUUCGCACUACCCACGCUCGGGAUCGGGUGCUUCUCUUGACCAGCGGUUGCCGCACAACUUCCGCACCGCCUCGCGGAAUAUGAACUCCCCUGGUGAAUAUAGGCGCUCGGAAAAUGAUAUCCUUGGCCGCGAUGCGCCGCGAUACGCGGGGCUGUCGGCUCAUGAUUUACACUAUACCGAGUCGCCUACUUUCAAUCGGUCUGAUGAUGAUGGGCGUAGGUAUCGCCGUGGCAGUCAUGAUAGUUGGGUUGACGAUGAUUAUUAUCGUGGUGUGGGACCUGGGCAUGGAUUUGAUAAAUAUUAUGGCUGA